GAUCGACCCAAUAAGCGCAAACAAUACUUACGCGUCGCGCUGGUCUGCAUUCAUUAUUCCUUUCUUCUAUCAUCAUGGCUAGUGCAGACGGUGGAGCAUACAGCUAUUCACUUACAGUGUUCUCACCGAGUGGGAAACUCGUACAAAUCGAGCAUGCCUUAGCAGCGGUCUCGUCCGGAACAACGAGUCUUGGAAUCAAAGCCUCCAAUGGCAUUGUCAUCGCAACGGAGAAGAAAUCUUCCUCUAUCCUCAUCGAUGAUUCAAUGCUGGACAAAGUCGCCGUGAUCUGCCCUAAUAUCGGCAUAGUAUAUUCUGGGAUGGGACCGGACUCUCGCGUCUUGAUAUCCAAAGCCCGAAAGAGUGCACAGGCGUAUUGGAAGAUGUAUGGGGAAUAUCCUCCAACGCGUGUACUUACGCAGGAAAUUGCCACAGUCAUGCAACAAGCAACUCAAUCAGGAGGUGUGAGGCCUUAUGGCGUCUCUCUUCUUGUCGCCGGCUGGGAUAUCACCCGGGGUCCGACAUUAUACCAGGUGGACCCUUCAGGCUCAUUCUGGGCGUGGAAAGCCAGUGCCAUCGGCAAAAACAUGGUCAACGCUAAGACGUUCUUGGAAAAGAGAUAUAACGACGACAUCAGUCUUGAAGACGCGAUUCACACGGCGCUGCUGACAUUGAAAGAAGGUUUCGAAGGACAAAUGACUGAGAAGACCAUUGAAAUCGGAGUGGUCACGGUUCCGACAGCCGAAGAGUUGGAGGAAGGAAAGAUUGGAGGGGAGACAGGGAGACCGAAACCUACCUUCCGGAAGCUGACGGAAGAGGAGGUUCGCGACUACCUUGCUCUGUAAUCAGUUGUAGUUUUUGGUGACAAAGUGUCGUAUCUUUGUAUUUCUAACGAUUUUCGUUUAAUUAAUCCAGUAUGAUUCAACGAACUGUGACAAGAACUUCAAGUUACAGUUACUUCGUUCGUCUAGGCUACUGCAAGUCUUGGACUUUCUUUCCCUUGAACGUAGUAGCUUGCAGCCGUCUUUAUGGACAU